UUCCUUCGCUACUAACUGGAAUAAAAAGUCCUAAAAUGAAUAAUAGAGAGCCCAAAUGGUCAUUGAAGGCACAAAUUUCUCAUCCUCCAAAUGAGAGACGCUCUGCUAAUUACCAACCAACUACGUGGAGCUACAGCUUUUUGCAGUCCUUAAAGAAUGAUAACGCAGAUUUGCUGUACAAAGACAAGGCAAGAAAGCUAGAGGAUGAAGUGAGGAGUGUAAUUAAUGAUGAAAGUAAGGAGUUUUCGACAAUUCUUGAACUGAUUGAUGACAUCCAAAGGUUGGGUUUAGAGUAUCUCUUCAAGAAAGACAUAAACAAAGUGCUUGAUAGAUUCCAAGCUCGGGGAGGAUGUAAAGUUAUGUCCAACAAAUCUCUUCAUGUUGUUGCUCUCAGCUUUAGACUUCUCAGACAACAUGGUUAUCAGGUUUCUCCAGAUGAAUUCAGGAAUUUCAUGGACAAAGAUGGUAAUCUGGAAGAACGCUUCAAGAAGGAUGAAAAAGGAAUUUUGAGUCUAUACGAAGCUUCAUUUUUCUCCUUUGAAGGAGAAUUUCUAUUAGACAAUGCAAUGACACAAACAAGAACACAUCUCAAUAACCUUAUUAAGAAUAACUCAGACAUUAGCCACGCUCUUGAGCUUCCGUUGCGUCGGCGAAUGGUUCUGUCGGAAGCACGCUGGUAUAUUGAAGCAUAUGGUAAAAGGGAAGAAGUAAACCCUUUGUUACUUGAACUUGCAAAGCUGAAUUUUAGUAUGGUGCAAUCUGUACUCCAAAGAGAUCUUAAAGAAAUGUCAAGGUGGUGGAACAAUUUGGAACUAGCAAAACAUUUGAGGUUUAGUAGAGACAGACUAAUGGAGUGCUUCUUUUCGACAGUUGGAAUGGCCUUUGAGCCACAAUUUAGCAGAUGUCGUAAAGCAUUAACAAAAGUCGCUUCUUUCAUUACUACCAUUGACGAUGUAUAUGAUAUUUACGGCACUUUGGAUGAAUUGCAGCUGUUUACAGAAGCUCUUGAGAGAUGGGAUGUCAAUGCUGUGAAAGAUCUUCCAUAUUAUAUGAAGUUAAGUUUCCUUGCUCUAUAUAAUACUGUCAAUGAGAUGGCUUACGAUACUCUCAAGGACAAUGGAGAAAUUAUUAUUCCUCACCUGGCCAAAGCAUGGGGUGAUUUAUGCAAAGCAUUUUUGCAAGAAGCAAAGUGGGCCCACAACAAAUCUACACCGUCAUUUGAAGAAUAUAUUGAAAAUGGAUGGCGAUCUGUAUCAGGAACUGUUAUACUUAUACUUGCUUUCAUUCCCUACUCAAUUACGAUCAACUCUUGAAAUGGCCAUCCCUUA